CACGCGCCUCGUGCAUGUUGUAGGUAAGUACUUUACCCUCAUACAGAGCAUAGUCUGCGCAGACUUUACGUCUGCAAGAUGAUGACCUUCUCUUUAUAGACAAUCAUCGUUGAUCAUGCACCAUUCCUCAGGCUUGCAAUUCGAUUAUCGAUAUGAUGGUAUCCGAUUAUCAUCUGGGGCGUUAGCUUUAAAAUGCGUCUGGUCGAUAUCCCUGAUCUUUCAUACCCGUCAAUCAUCAUCUAGCGAUGGCAUCAGAAAUCAAGGACGACAACGCUAUAGAGAAACCUAUAGAAUUUCUUCCUCCACUCUUGUCCAAGAAAUUUAACAUAACUGAUGUUAAGCAGGACGCGUUCAAGUGGGAUAAGGAGUGGGAGGCGGCGAUUGCAUCUUCCACUGCAGCAGACGUCCUCAAGGAAAUGUCUUGUUUUCUAGACGAUUCUGUCUUUACUCCUGAUCACGUCGAGUACCUCCACAAAAUUCUCCGCGACUUCCAAAAAGUCGCAACUGACAUCCUGGACAAGCUGUUAAACGACGGCCACUUUGACACCAUCUGGUUAUUGUUGAAUGCCGUUGAACAGAGGAGACAUCUCCUUGAAGGUCUGAAGGGAGCAUCUAACGCACUUACGCUCUGGGGGCAAGAUUGUCGUGCUCUUUGCCCAGAGGUUACGGUUUCGAACCUCCUAUCGCAAGGCGGGAAGGGCUUCAUCGAUUUUCUCACUCGUGUCCUGGAGACAUCCAAGUCGUCCAAUAUACCAGCAUUCCUACCAAACUCGUGGUGGGAACAGGCUUCGGACCUGCCAAACCCAUGGUGGGGACAAGCCUCGGAUGUUUCACCACCUCCAAGACAGCGAUCCCGAAGCACAAAGAUUAUGUUCGAAGUCGCGACUAUCAAUAGGAAUAAGUUUAUCGGGCAUUUUGCUCUGUUUUCAACGUCGUCGAUCCUAAAGGACAUUACCGGUCGUGGUGAGGGGAUGAAAAAUGUCCUGCACCUAAUGGAGAAUUCAAAGGGAUAUGUCGCUCGAUCUAUUGCACAGGUCAAAACGACUUUAAGGGAUAAACCCGUUAUCCGCUGCGAAAACUGCACGAAAAUGCCAGAAGACAUCGGAGAAGGUGUUCGCUUCAUGGUAUGCAGUCUUUGCAAAUCAAAACUCAAAUUCGAGGUACACUAUUGUUCUCAAUCCUGCCAGAAAGAACACUGGUCCGUUCACAAAAAGGCUUGUGGUAAAAAGAGAGUGACACAGGGUCUGAGCGGGACAAAGGGAGACUCCCUUUGGGCAUUUAGCGACUCGGAUCCCGUCGCCAACCUGAUACGUAACCUCCCAAAGGAUGGGAUCACUCUCAGAAACAUCGGAGUGAAUCCGUGCAAGGGCAAACGUUCUCCUGCUGCGGAGCGUCAAGCCGAGAUGCUCGAGGCCGACAAAGAUGCCGAGUACUUCCUUUUUACUGCGAGUGGCGAACGAGUUCGCUUUGUGAUCGACGAUCUAGGCGCGAAAAUGAUCUUCCGAAUCAAUCGCGGUGUAGUCCUGACGCAGCCAACUAAUACUGUGGGCGUUAAUGCUCUAGGGGAGUAUAUGCUCAAGCUCAUGAGCAAAUAUCCUGGAUUAAGUCGGGACAUCAUCCUAAAGCAACUCUGUGCAGAAUAUGGAGACGACGUCGCCGGAGAGAUUGUGAAGUUAGAACAGGAUUCUGGAAAAAGGGGAGCCGGCACGUUCAUAGAAAGUUGGUUGAAGGAUUGCUCGAGCGUGUUCGGGAGUUUCUCUUGGCUCAACUUAAUGGUGUGAACAUGUCGACGUGUCCAUGCGCAUGUUUUGUACGUUAGAGAUGCCAUUAGGCUUUUGUUCAUGGUCACUAACCGUUUUCAAAACUGCACUUUAUUUCCUAGCUACGUCUUUUGGUUUUGUCUUUCGCGGUUAUCUUUGAAGAAAUGUACGGUAUCUAUUGGUCGAGCUGAAUCUUGGUGAUGUUGAGUUUGUCUUACAUUUUGUCCCUCGUGGUUGUCACACCCAGUUCAGUCGUCUAUAAGACAUCCGUAACCCUGCAACAACGCCAUGUGUACACAAGCCACCAUGCGCAUAUGGCAUGUGUUCUUAUAUGAGCGGUAUCAUGAGAGCAGACAAGAAAUCUC